AUGCUAGUGAACGGCUACAAGUUCACCCUGGAUCACUGUUGGAGGGAGCUGAGGUAUGACCAGAAAUGGUCGUCCACCUAUGUGGCUAAGGAUGGUGGAAAGGAAAAGCGGAGGUCCCAAGUUCCUGAUGAGUCUCCUAGCCAAGUUCCUGAAGAGUCUGGUGUUAAGGAGAGGAGGAAAUAUUCUCCCAAAGAGGAUAAGAUCCUUAUUGGUGCUUGGCUUAACACCUGUAAGGACCCUGUCGUCGGUAAUGAGCAGAAAGCUGGUGCUUUCUGGAAGCGUAUUGUAAAGUACUACAACGCAAGCCCUCACCUCGUCGGGCAAAUACCGAGAGAGAUUACUUCUUGCAAGCAGAGGUGGGCUAGGAUCAACGAGAGGCCUACAAAUCUGAAUAAUAUGUUUUCUAAUCGGAAUGAUCUUCGUGAUAGCCGUAGUUUUGAAGUCCACGGUGGGCGAUUGUUCAUGGAGAAGUGA